GUUUGACGGCGAAGAAUAUAUGGAUCGGCUUUACUAUAAAAGAUUUAUAAUUUGAUCACAUACGCUUUAAUAUAUUAAAAUUCGUCGAAAUGGGUAAAAAAAGGAAAAACGCUAUGGUGGAAUUCGAUUCAAGUGAUAGUGAAUCGGGAUCCAAUAUUGAGUCGGACUUUUUGGCGCUAGGAAAACGAAGGAAAAGAAAGUUAAGCAAUGCCAAACAUUUGUCGGCCCUAUCGGCUUCCUCUGAUUCUGAAGAUGAUGUGGUUAAUAAAGAAAUAGGCGGUCAUGCGAUUACUUCAACAACUAAAGCAAUUCUCGAAAAUGACCAAAUGGCCAAUGUUUUGGAGAAUGCCGACCAUGAGGAAGGAGAAGUGUCUGAUAAAGAAAAUGAAAGGAGCAAGGAAAUCUCUGAUACAUCUAGUGGUAGUUCGGAUUCCACUUCUUCAGAAUCGAGUUCUGAUUCGGAAUUCGACGACGGUUAUGAUGAAAAUUUAAUGGGCGAUGAAGAAGAUCGCAAGCGUCUGUCUUGCCUUUCAGAAAAGGAGCGGGAAACUGAAAUAUUUAAAAGAAUUGAACAACGAGAUAUUAUGCGCACGAGAUGGGAGAUUGAACGAAAAUUGAAAUUAGCAAGACGAGGCGAAAAAACUACAUCACAAACAAAGUCUAAAUUAAAGAAAGAAAAAAAGAAAAAAUCAAAAAAAUCUUUGGCACCAACAACAGUACUAGAAGGUGCCAUGGAAGUAGAAAUUUCCGCAAAAAUGGGAAAUAAUGUACCUGUAGACGAUAUGGAACCCUUCGAUACCUCUGAGACGAAUGACCACGCUUCCUCGAAUGUGGUUAAUGAUGAGGCUACAAGUGGCAACGGCGAGUACUUUGACCACAAAGAAAGAUCAAAAGAGAGAAAGAAAAACGUGGAAAUGAACCGUACCGAUGACAAGAGAAGCAAUGCAAUGGCACUACUAAAAGCUAAAAGAGAAGGAAAGGCCAAAAGAGAGGAAGAAGAAGCGAAACGACAAGCACAAAAGGAAAAAGAAGAUGAAAAGGAUGAACUAGAAAGCGUGACCGGAGGAAAAUCCUCAGUAAAGCUAAAAGCAUCAGAAAUUUAUUCGGAUGAUUCUGGGAGUAGUGAUUGGGAAGAGGAAGACAAACCAUCUGACAAACGUUCCCGAACAAAUAGUAGCAAAGACUCGAGUGAGAGUGAAGAGGAUGAGCAUGAUGAUAAACAGGUGAAAUAUGUAACAACAAGGGAAGAACUUAACAAAAUUAGAUUGUCCAGAUUUAAAAUGGAGCGAUUCAUAAAUUUGCCAAUAUUUGAACGAACCGUAAUUAAUUGCUUCGUUCGUAUUAGUAUUGGAAACAAUGGCCAAAAAGCGGUUUACAGAGUUGCUGAAAUUGUUGGUGUUGUAGAGACUGCUAAAAUCUAUAACUUGGGAAAAACGCGAACUAAUAAAGGCCUUCGUUUAAAACAUGGAACUCAGGAAAGAGUGUUUCGAUUAGAAUUUAUUUCUAAUCAGGAGUUUAGUGAAAGUGAAUUCACAAAAUGGCGCGACAUAUGCUCUUUGCAGAACGUACAGAUGCCUCCACUGAGUAUGAUCGAACAAAAAUUAAGCGAUAUAAAGGUAGCAUUAAAUUAUGAAUUCAAAGACGAAGACGUUGAUAAAAUAAUCGAAGAAAAAAAUAGAUUUAGAAAUAGGCCAACCAACUAUGCAAUGAAAAAAACUUGCUUAAUGAAAGAGCGCGAUGCGGCACUUCUACGAGGCGAUUAUGAGCUUUCGCAAGAAUUAAGUCAACAGAUAGAAGAACUAGAAAGUCGUGCUUCCGAACUGGAUAAACGAAGAUCUAGCAGUAUCAGUCUCAUUUCCUACAUUAACGACCGCAAUAGAAAACGUAACGUGGAAGAUGCUGAAAAGGCUAUUUUGGAAGAAGCUCGGGCAAAUAAAGGCUUGCGAAUUUCUGAUCCCUUUACCAGACGAAUAACACAACCAAGAAUGGGCUUUAAGCAGACGUCUGAAAAAGAAAUAGUUGACGUUGUGAAGGACAAGCCAUCGAUUGAUCUGUCAAAGCAAUCAACUACUGCAAUGGAAAGUAUCGGUUCUUCAACCGACAAAAAGAAUUACAAUCUGUACACGUUACAUGAUUUUGAUAUUGAUUUGGACGUUCCUGUUCCAGUGAAUGCCGUCAACAAUCUGCCGAAGCCAGUUCCCAAAAUAGCAGAAACAACCACAAAGCGUUCUUUGAACCUAGAAGACUACAAAAAGAAGAGAGGACUAAUAUGAAUAAAUUAAAUGUAAAAACAGCUCAUAAACGUGGUUCUUGAAAAUAAAAAAUACAUAUUCUGGCAAGACGGAAGGAAGAA